AACCAUUUGUGUAACACGAAGAGGGGUGUACUGUAUUUCAAGAGCUACGCUUUUGCUUCCGAUGGAGUCGCUAAAGGGAGAACCUCUCCCACGCCUGGCCCAGGAGAGCAGCCGGAACUUAGUGUAACAACAGAGUGCGCGCGUGCAGGCCGCCGCGGAGCGGGAGUUGACAGGGCCGGCUCGAGGCACCCGCGAGCCGAGCGGCAACCCGCCCUGGGCGGCGGCGGGCAUUGGGCGGGAACGCGACUCGUCUUCGGCGGCCGCCCCGCCCCUCCGCCUCCCUGAUCGGUGGCAAGGUUUUGUUCUUGUGUUUUGCCGCUUGGGGAGUUGAGAUGCCUGGGGGGGACCCCUGGGAUGAAGCCUGUUGGGGUGCCUGCUUCUCAGUGAGAGCUCCGACCCGGGGGCGGUGUUAGUCUAAUCCCGGCCCAUGCCCCUGGGGCCCAUGGGUUCAGGUCGGAGUUGGGAGACCGUGGUAAUAAUCCUGCACCUGCUGCUCCCUGCGGUCUCUGGCUUUUACGUGCUACACGUGGAUGUUUCGCAGUUUGAGAGACCCCUGAAGCACUUCUGGAAAAGCACUGGCUUCUGUCCUCCUCUACCUCACAGCAGAGCGGAUUUAUUUGACCUCAGUAAAGACCAAGAGCUGAACCUUGCAUAUGUGUCUUCGGUACCACAUGGCGGCAUUGAACAAGUUCGAAUUCACUGGUUACUGGAACUAAUUACCGUGGGAGUGACAAAUGGAAAACUUCACUACAACUUUACCAGUCUGGAUAACUUGAUGGAUCUUCUCUGGAAAAACAAACUCAUUCCAGGAUUUGAAUUGAUGGGAAGCCCUUCAGGAUACUUUACAGAUUUUGAAGACAAAAAACAGGUUAUAAGAUGGAGGAGCCUAAUUGCACUUCUGGCCAAGAGAUACAUAGAUAGAUAUGGAUUGGAACAUGUUGCCAAAUGGAAUUUUGAAACUUGGAACGAGCCAGAUCAUCAUGAUUUCGAUAAUGUGUCAAUGAGUGUCAAAGGGUUUCUCAAUUAUUACGAUGCAUGCUCAGAAGGGUUAAGAGAAGCUAGUUCUUUACUGAAAUUUGGAGGCCCAGGAGAUUCUUUCCAUCCAUUCCCUAAGUCGCCCAUCAGCUGGAGUCUUCUACAUCACUGCUACAAUGGAACCAACUUCUUCACUGGAGCAACUGGUGUGAGGUUGGACUACAUAGCCCUACAUAAGAAGGGAGCUGGAAGUUCUCUUCACAUCUUAGAGCAAGAAACAGAAGCAAUGGAACAAAUUCAGAAGUUGUUCCCAAAUUUCACCUCGGUUCCUGUAUACAAUGAUGAAGCAGACCCACUGGUUGGAUGGUCAGUUCCACAAACGUGGAGAGCUGAUGUGACCUAUGCAGCCAUGGUGGUGAAGGUAAUCAUCCAACAUCAAAACCUGCUCAUUUCCAAAGCCAACAACACUGUCAACUACACUUUACUGAGUAAUGACAAUGCCUUCAUGAACUACCAUCCCCAUUACUUCACCCAGAGAACACUGACUGCCCGAUUUCAGAUGAACAACACAAAGCCACCUCAUGUCCAGAUGGUGAGGAAGCCUGUGCUGACUGUAAUGGGCUUGCUGGCACUGCUAGGGGAAAACCAAGUUUUUGCAGAUAUUAUCAGCAAAGACGAAAGUGCCGACACCAACACUGUUGGUGUACUAGCCACCGCGCACGCUCCUGCUGAGCUACAGCCGUCAGACAGCUGGCAGGCCACCAUACUGAUCUACGCUAGUGAUGAUAACCAGACAUCCUGUAACAUCAGUGCCGUAACAUUGAACAUUACCCAUUUCCCCAGGCAUGCAGAUCUUGUGUAUGUGACAUACUACCUGGACAACAACCUAACCAAUCCCUAUUUGGAGUGGAAGAAAGUAGGAAGCCCUGAUUUUCCUUCUGUAAAGCAAUUCCAGCAAAUAAGGGAUGCCGAGGACCCGCUGGUGACGGGACCAUUCCCAGUUCCUGGGGACGGCCGCCUGAUCUUAAAACAGGAACUCCCACUUCCAUCGAUCUUCCUCAUCCAUGUCUGUGCAAGACCUCACUCUGUUCCCAUUCAAGUGGCAGGCGUUCACUUGAUCCCUCUGACAAAGGGGCAGGUUGCAGUACUUUGGGACGAUGACUGUGUGGCUUCAAGAUGUCUGAAAACAUAUGAAGUUGAGUUUUCAUCGGACGGAAAAGCAUACCGACGGAUUAAUGCCAGAGACACGCUCUUCACUCUCUGGGUCUACAGUCCUGGAACCAAGGUCUCGGGCUUUUACAGAGUGCGUGCCGUCGACUACUGGAGCAAGCCAGGCCUCUUCUCCAUUCCUGUACAGUACAUUGAAGCUCUCACAUGAGUGCAAAAUUGUCCAACAGCCAGGAGAGAAAUCUGCAUCUGGCUUCAGCACAUAGCAGAGUACAGUUAUGGUGCUGCAAACAACAACCCUAUGAUGAAACCCCAGCCUCACAAUAAGGGAAUUAGUGGGCUAGCCUACAACAUUGCACUCCUGUUCUUGCUGCUAACCCUUUGGAGCCUUGAAGACAAGUAUCAUCCCAAACAGUGUUUAAAAGUGAAGAAGAAAUAACUGGGCCUUGGCCUGGCCUCUUAUAUGCUGGUGGAUCUCGAGUGGUUGCAAUAGAGCUAGUCCACCCGAAUGCUGGGGGUAACAGGAGCCUGGUGUCGAAGUAUGGAGUCAGAGCCAAUAAUUCAUGCCCCUGGGCCAGGAGGACAGUGUUCUCCUGUGAGGGGAGGUGCGGCUGGGACUGAAUUUCCUCACCGGCUCUGCAGUACUGGUUGGAUGUGGGAUACUGGCUGGCUGGGCUCCUGCUGGGCUGAAUGUUGCCCAAUGAGUGAACACAACAGCCUCUUCUGCCCUCCUAGGGCUGGAGUUCUUCUCCCUGGCUCCCAGGGAUUAGUACAGUCCCUUUCCCUGGAGGAUUCUGGGACAUCAGUGUCCCUCUAUAGCAGGGAGUACAACGUUGCUCACCCUUUGUGCAGCAGCUUCCAGGUAGCCAUUUGCUCACUCUUGGGCCCAUGCCUGCAUGAGCAAAGUCCUUCUGCCUCAGGGGGCCACAGAUACCUUCCCCCCGCCCAGCAGGACGUCACCAGCAUAGACCCUGGCCUCUUUCAUUCUCCCUUUUGCUCAGAAGGUUCAAGCCACCUUCCCUCACUGGAUGUUCACCCCCACUGGUCUUCUCAGGCCCCAUCUUGGUCCCUCACAGCAGGGAGCCCCAUAGCGCCAGCUCAGACCUGGGUCCCUGGAGAUCUCAUUUCACCUUCCUUUACACUGCACUUUUAAAUCCUACUUCCCUCUUCCCAGCAGGCCUUGCUUCCUUCCAGUCACGUGCUCAUACUGCUGACUACAACCCCCAGUGUUCCUUGUCUUAAACAAACCAAGGCCUUGUGACAGAAAUCCUGAGCCAUGGCUAUACUCAUGCCAGCAAAAUGUUUGUUAAAGAGGAUCUAGUUAGAGGGUUUUAUAAAUUUAUCAGAUUUGGGCAUUACGUGCUUUUGUAUGUGACAGAUGGCUGGUAAUGGACAUGUUUUAACUAGAAAAUGUACACUUGGAAUGGUGUAUUUUGCAGUAUUUUACAGCAGAUUAUAGCCUCACACAAAACAAAGGAGUCAUGAAUAUUAAGCUCAGUAGAGCUGGGCAAUAGUUGUCAGAUUAAAUUUUUUCACCAAAAUACCAAAAAUGGGUAUUUGGGUCAAACAAAAUAUCACAUGAAUUCGUGUCAAA